AUGUCUGACUCAGAAAGUACUCAUUCCCACAGAGAUCUCGGUGUACAUCCCGAUGAAAGAUUUGAUCAGGUUUUAGAUGAUCACAGACAUCAACCUUCAUCUUUACCUCCACCAUCAUCCAAUUUCCAACAUCCCCCAAUCAGUAUUCUCGAAACUAAUCCUUAUGGAGGUGAGUCUUUAACUAUUCCUCAAAGGAGUGGUAAAAUAGACACUUCAAAAAGGUUUGCUAGAAGGAGUUCGAGGAGUCAUUCUUUUGGCGAUGGAGAUUUGGAUCCUAAAGAUCAAAGACAUCUUAAUCAAAAUAUUUCAUUCAAGAAAAGUCCUUCAGUUAAAAAGAAGAGAAAGAAUACUAGAAGUGGUUCAAGUAAUUUGGAAGCUGACCUUGCAUCUCCUAUGAUGAGAAUGAAAACAAAUGAUACCGCCAAUUCUGAUGAAAGAGAAAGAGCUAGAAGACCCUCAGAAUCUUCUAUUGAUAGUGAUGUUGUUAGUCAUGGAUCUAGAAGUUCUCAAGAGACCGAAGAAGAUGUCUGUUUCCCUAUGUUAAGAGAGCAUGUCAGAGAAGCUAAUGGAAUCAACUUGGCAUUUUUGGAUGAAUUCAUUAAUGAAGAAAGAAGUUACACUGCUGCUUCUAAAUUACAACAGGAAAAUGUUCAACAAAAUGCUGCUACCACUUCAAGAGCAAGACAUCAUUCAACAGCUUCUUUAAAAUACACCCCAAAGAACAUUUUACGUAAAACUUUAACAAAUUUCAAGUUACCCACCGAUAAUAGUACUAUACACGAAGAAAAACGGGAAAGUUCAAGUUUCAAUGAUGAAGAAAAGGGUUCACCAUUGAGUGAUGAUUUCGUUACAUUUACAAAUAAUAGAUCAGAUUCAGAUUCCAAUAAUGAUUUACCUGAAAGAUUCACUUUCUUCAAUAGUAACAUGGACGAAACUGUUAGAGGAGCUGAUUUACCAGGGUUAACUCAUCCUGGUCAAAGUGUUGGAGAACUUUUCAAUUAUGGUGAUGAUGGUAUUUGGUGGUUGGAUUGUACUUGUCCUACUGAUGCCGAAAUGAAAGUUAUUUCCAAAGCUUUUGGAUUACAUCCUUUGACUUCAGAAGAUAUUAGAGUUCAAGAAAGUAGAGAAAAAGUGGAAUUAUUCAGAAAUUAUUACUUCGUCUGUUUCCAUACUUUUGAACCUGAUAAAGAAUCAGAAGAUUAUUUGGAACCUAUAAAUGUUUAUAUUGUGGUGUUCAGAACAGGUAUUUUAACUUUCCAUUUCUCUCCUGUUGAUCAUGGAGCUAAUGUUAGAAGAAGAUUGAGACAAUUAUCAGAUUAUGUUGAUGCAACUGCAGAUUGGAUUUGUUAUGCCAUCAUUGAUGAUAUUACUGAUGCAUUCAUUCCUGUUAUAACGGGUAUAGAAUAUGAAGCUGAUGCUAUUGAAGAUUCAGUGUUUGUAGCUAGAGAAACAGAUUUCGGUCUUAUGUUACAAAGAAUUGGGGAAUCUAGAAGGAAAGUUAUGACAUUAAUGAGAUUAUUAUCUGGUAAAGCAGAUGUCAUUAAAAUGUUUGCUAAAAGAUGUCAAGAUGAAGCUUAUAAACUUCAACCUCAACCAGUUAUGUCAUCCACUAACUUAAGUGGCAUAGAUCAAGAACAACCUUCUCAACAAUCAUCACAACCUCAAUUUGGUUUCGGACAUGAUGGAACCGGAGGUAUUUCAUUUGGACCUCAACCUGGAGCUCCUCCUAAUAUGAUGGCUUCAAAUCAAUAUCAAUUCCACAGUUCUGGUAAUUAUACUCAACCAAGAGCUGAUAUCGCUUUAUAUUUAGGAGAUAUCCAAGAUCAUGUGGUUACAAUGUUUCAAAAUUUAUUAGCAUACGAAAAAAUCUUUAGUAGAUCACACACAAAUUAUUUGGCUCAAUUACAAGUUGAGUCUGUAAAUUCUAACAAUAAAGUCACUGCCAUGUUAUCUCAAGUCACAGUCAUUGGUACCAUCUUAUUACCAUUGAAUGUUAUAACGGGUUUAUUUGGUAUGAAUGUUACAGUUCCUGGUCAAGAUGGAGGUACAUUACAAUGGUUCUUCGGUAUUCUUGGAUUCAUGGCAUUUGUAGUAUUAAUGUUCUUCCUUUUUGCUAGAUUCUGGUUGAAAAAACUUUUGAAUCCUGAACCUGAAAGAGGUUCUGGUUCAAGUAGAAGAUCAUUAAGAAGUUUUGGUAUCAAAAAAAUGGGGCCCGCUAAAUCAAUUGUCAGUUUCCCUGGCUAUGAUUAG